AUGGAAAGAAUUGAUGCAAGUGUUAGGAUCCACUCGUAUUCGAACUACUGCCUAUCAUCCAUGUGCAAAUGUUUGGUAGAGCGGUUUCAUCGACAACUGAAAUCAUCCCUCCGUACAGAUUCGUCUGCUAACUGGGUUGACUCGCUACCUCUCAUUCUACUUGGUGUGCGUACUGCCCUUAAGGAAGACAUUGGUGCCUGUACAGCAGAACUGGUAUAUGGAACGACCCUUCGCAUUCCAGGAGCAUUUUUCACCUCUUUAACAAACACUCACAUCACAGACAACCCUGCCAACUGUGUUGUCAAACUCAAAGACAUUUUCCGAGAUCUCAAAGCAAAUUUACCUCGUCCACACAACCAGAGAGUAUUUGUCCAUAAAGACCUCAAGACAUCAAGUCAUGUUUUUCUACGCCAUGAUGCUGUACGCAAGCCGUUGCAACCACCUUACGAUGGGCCAUACAAGGUUCUCAAGCGCGCUGACAAACAUUUCACCAUUGCAGUCAAAGGAAAGAAUGAAGUUGUCUCCAUUGAUCGAUUGAAACCGGCAUACCUUGAUUGUAAGAAUCUCGAUGACAGUCGUCCAAUUGAUUUUGCCAAACCCUUUAUACCUACCCCUCCCUCCUCUGUUACCCUUCCCUCUCCCUCUAGGGUUACUCGCUCUGGGCGCCAUGUUAGGUUCCCCAACAGACUGGACAUGUGA